CUGCAAGCUCGCAGGUGCUCUCCAGGAUGAGGACGUCCGAGCUGGGCUCCUCCUCUUCGCUGGUUGUCUUCGCGUUCUUUCUCCUUCUCUGGCCCAGCCAAGCCGCGGCAGCCAAGGAGCUCAAGUUCGUCUUAUUAGUAUUUCGGCAUGGGGACCGGAGUCCCAUUGAAACCUUUCCUAAUGAUCCCUAUCAAGAAUCUGCUUGGCCUCAAGGAUUUGGACAACUUAGCCAGCGUGGAAUGGAACAGCACUACGAGCUUGGAACAUAUCUAAGGAAAAGAUAUUCCAGUUUCUUGAAUUCUACUUACCACCGGAAUAAGGUUUAUGUCCGAAGCACAGAUGUUGACCGGACACUGAUGAGUGCCAUGACCAAUCUUGCUGCCCUCUUUCCACCAGAAGGCUCGAGUAUUUGGAACCCCCAAAUCCUCUGGCAGCCCAUUCCAGUUCAUACAAUACCAACUUCUCAAGAUCAGUUGCUGUAUCUUCCUGAUAUAAAAUGCCCUCGACUUGAAAAGCUUCAGGAAGAAACUUUGAUGUCAAAGGAAUAUCAAAAUUUGGUGUCUCCAUACAAGGAUUUUAUAAGUACUCUGCCAGAGCUUUCAGGACUCCACAUCAAGGACCUUAGUGGAAUCUGGACUAAAAUCUAUGAUCCUUUAUUUUGUGAGAGAACUCACAAUUUUACUCUACCCCCCUGGGCCACUGCAGACACCAUGGCAAAGCUGGAAGAGCUGUCUAGAUUAUCUCUUUUGUCAACCUUUGCAAUACAUAAGCAGAAAGAGAAAGCUCGACUUCAGGGAGGUGUGCUGGUGAAAAACAUUGUCGAUCAUUUCAAGAAUGUAGCUAGUCAAUCUAGUGAGAAAAAACUCAUCAUCUAUUCUGGGCAUGACACUACUAUUACUGCCCUGCAGACAGCACUUGAUGUUUUUAAUGGAAAAUUCCCCCCUUAUGCUGCCUGCAACAUAAUGGAACUGUACCUUGAAAAUGGGCAAUACAACGUUGAAAUGUACUAUCGGAAUGACACACAGCAGGAUCCUCAUCCCCUCACUCUACCAGGCUGCACACCCAGCUGUCCGCUGAAGCAGUUUGUUGAGCUGGUCUCCCCUGUGAUGACAGAAGACUGGUCAAAGGAGUGUUUCAGGCUUACUGAAGACCAAGCUCUAAGGAUAGCCCUGACUGCCUUGUGCCUAUCAUCUGGUGUUUUGGUGGUGUUGCUGUUCCUCCUCUUCCAUUUUGGACCCUGCAGAAAGAGGAACCCCUAUGAGUCUAUUUAAAAGCAAGAACAGAGGAGUCAUCCAAGAUUCCUGGUAUGACAUAUCUCUUUGUGAUGCAACUGUCAAAGAAAUGGCAUUCCUCGAGUGGGGAGAUUUCUGUCUAGACUAAUCUGUUCAAUUCUGUUUAGAGCUUGGAAUGAAAUCACAGCAGUUCAAUAACUGCUGCCAGAUUGACACCUAAAGGCAUACAUACUUAGGAUUCAUUGGUCACCUCAGAGCCAUGAAUUGAGACUGACAAUUUUAUCUGGCUAGGUAGGGAGGUGGCUCCCUGACAAUGGAUUGUUAUGUCUCAUACGGGUAACCUUAUUAUGCCAUCUCACCAAGAGAUCAGAGUGGUCAGUGUAGGGCACAAUAGGAAACCAACUUUAGAUCAUCUUUUCCCCCAAAAGAGUGCAGAAAUUUUGUGGCUGGACAGAGAGUAAAGUUAAAGGAAGCUAGAUAAAGAGGAAAGGUCGAAGACCCACGUCAAAGGAGAGUUUUCAAGAAAUAAGGACCAAUAAGAGAUUGUAAAUGAUCUUUUUUUUUUUAAGUUGUAGGAAUUUAUUUUAAAUAACCUACAGUUGAUUAAAAGGGAAUUCAUGAUAAAAAUAGAAGAUACUUGAGGAAAGAUGUGGGAAAUGGUCUUUGCACACACUCUAAGCUAACAAUGCCUCUAAAACUAAUGAUUAUAGCAAAAAAAAAAAGUCUUCACAUUAAAAUUCUGCUUUUUAUGUUUUUUUUUAAAUUUUUUACACAAUUACAAAAGAAAAAAUAAAAGCCCUAAAAUCUUGAUUAUUUUUCCUUUUGGGACCAAAUACUCAUUUCCCUCGAAAUUUAUUGACCUGUGGAACUUUUUACACAAUAGACUCUUUCAAGUAAAAACAUUGGGGUUUAAAAAGGAAAAAAAAAAGAGAGGUGGGUAUUUUAGAAGUGUACAGAACAUGCUCAGAACAAAGAAUGAUGGGAAAAUGGUUUCAGUCACUGAUUAUUUCAUUAUUCUCAAACUCACUCAUCCCUCAUCCCUCCCAACCCCAAUCUACACGAUCUUUAAGAUCAAGAAAAAGGUUUAAAUAUUUUAAAAUAAUUAAAAGAAAUAAAAAUUCACAUUUAAAAAGGAACACUCAAGUCAGGAAAAAAUAGUAAGUUGUGCAACACACUUCUAUCUAGAAUAUUUUCAAAACCCCAAGAGGAAAGUACUCAAAUUCCUCAGC